UAAGAAGUAGAAGAAGAGUUGAUUAAAAUGGACAUUUGGGGGGAGAAGAAAGAAUAAAGAAAAACGUAAAGUCGCGUGAUCUGCGAGAGGGCGUGGCUUAUGGUUUGUUCUGGGAGUUUUUGUUCGAAAAACAUGGACCAAAAGAUUCCAUAUGAUGAGUAUCAACUGCCAGUAGUCUUUCUUCCGUCCUAUGAAAACCCACCUGCGUGGAUCCCUCCACAGGAGAGGAUACAUCACCCUGACUAUAGCAACGAGCUCACUCAGUUCCUACCUCGCACUGUAGUCUUAGAAAAGCCCCCUGGUGCACAACUGGGCUUCAAUAUACGUGGUGGAAAGGCCUCACAGCUUGGUAUAUUUAUUUCUAAAGUGGUACCAGAUUCUGAUGCCCAUAGGGCCGGACUUCAAGAGGGUGAUCAGGUGCUUUCUGUCAAUGAUGUGGAUUUUCAAGACAUAGAACAUUCAAGGGCUGUGGAGAUUCUAAAGACAGCAAGAGAUAUUUUAAUGAAGGUUCGCUACUUCCCUUACAAUUACCAGAGGCAGAAGGAAAGGACUGUACAUUAAGUGGCAGAGCUGAGCCUCAUCAGUCAGAAUGAACUUAAUUGCAAAGUAUGCUUACACAUACAAGGAAUUUGUCUUGGUGACAGAAGCUACCAGUGCACAAACAAUAAAACAAGAAAGAGAUGAUAAUAAAAAAUGAUAAAAAAUUUGAAUAGAAAAUAUAAGUAUAUAUAGAAAUACAUAAUAACUUAAGCCUAUAUAUAUAUAUAUAUAUAUAUUACAUGUUUGUACAAAUACAAAUCUUAUAUACAGAUGCAAGGGAAUGUAAUGGCAGAAGAGUUAGGAUAUGUUGGAUGAAUA